AUGGCUUUCCCCGUUAAACCAACCUUCUUGUUCUUUUUACUCUACUCACUUGUCAACAUCACUUCAACUGCAUUCUCCCUCGCCCAAAACCACGGUGUUUUGAGCCAAGAUAAGCCUUCAGACAACAUUAAUGGGCUCAGAGAUAAAGUGUCGCUUGAGAUCAACAACGUUCUCGGAGAUGGUAUAUGGUUAGAGUUUCAUUGUAAGUCGAAAAACGACGAUCUCGGGUACAAGAUCUUGCGACCGAACGAGUCGUGGUCUUUCAGAUUCAGACCCAAUUUCUGGGGCACGACGCUUUUCUUUUGUAGAUUCUGGUGGAAAGGUGACUCGCAUUGGUUCGAUAUCUAUGAUGACGGUAGGGAAAAUCCUUUCAGUGAUUGGACGGAUAGCUUAAUCUGGAGGGUACGGAAGACUGGACCAUGCAGAAUGAACCAAGAUACCAAAAUCUUCGACAUUUGUUACGAUUGGAACAAGGCAUAG